GCACCUCCGAUCGAUUCUCGCGCGCCAACGACCCAUUCGCGCCAUGUGGUCCUUGGCCCUGGCGAGCCUUGGGUUCGCCUGCGGCGAGCCGAGCGCCCGCAGCUUGCCGAAGCUCUGCGCGGAGUGCCUGCCGGAGCCACUGGAGACCGACUACUUUGGAGGAGCUCCCGGGGGGGAGCCCCCGCGCCUGCGCUGGCCGGUGAGCGCAGAUGUCUUUCGGGAAGCGGCGCGCUCCGGCAAGGUGCUGAUCCUGGAAAACGCCUCGGCGGGAGCGCUCAAGGGCUGGAGUUGUGAGAAGUUGGCGCAGGAGUUUCCUGAGGCGAAGAUGCGGAGGGAGUACGACUGGGUGAAGAACCCAGAGGAUCGGAACCUGCAGACCAUGGGCACGGCCUCCUGGGCGGAGACGACGAUCGCUGGGGAGGACGCCUCCGAGCGCCUGGCGCAGGACGAGAACGCCCCGCCCUUCGCGCCCUUCUACUGGGGGGUGAGGGAGCACUACAAGGGCGACCUGGGCUCGCAGAAGGUGGUGCGGCGAGUGCGGGAGCUCAUCACCCAGUCGGUGCCCGAGUUCAUGGACGAUCGCAAUGGCGCCUCUUUGUUCGACAACGCGGAGUUCUGGCUGGGCGCGAAAGGAACGGGGGCCCGCGCACACAUGGACUCCCAUUGCAUCAGCACCUUGAGCGUGGUGCUGCACGGCGCGCGGCGCUGGCGCAUCGGCCCCGUGCCGCGGCUGCCCAAGGGCGCGGGCCGCUCAGGUGACGACGAGGUGGUCUUUGACGAUGGGGUGGCCUACAAGUUGGGCUGGAAGCCCAUGUUCGAGUUCACCGUGCGGGAGGGUGAGGCGGUGCUUUUCCCCCCGGGGUGGAUCCACGAGACGCUGAACACGGCAGAAGGCUGCACCGUGGCGCUGACCACCCAGUUCGACUUCCCUCCGCCUGUGAGGUACUUCCGCAGCUACUACAACCGGCUCCGGCGGGUGGGGGAUCUCAAUGCAUGCUGGCGGCAGAUGAUGAGCUGGCCGGGCAAGCUGCCCAAAGACCCACACGCGGUGUCCAAAACGGCGGAGCAGAUCUUCGAGAAGAGGGCCGGAACCUGGACGGCCGAGGAGCUGGAUUUCUACGACCUGGACGAGGACGGCACCGUGUCCAAAGCCGAGUUCCUGGACACCUUCGCAGCCUGGGCUGCCACAGAGCGCGCCAUCCGCAAGGAGAAGAAGCGGCGGAUGCCGAAGUGCGACGUGCGCUGGGACGACAAGGGAAUGCCAGAUGAGCUCUGAGAAAAAUGAGAGGGAGAGUAACCCCGCCCCCCCCACCCCCCAGCUUGCCUUUCUUUUCCUCCGACCAAUUUUGAGGAAACAGGGGAGACGGGAGGGCAGGGCGGUUAGAGAAG